AUGCAAGUGCCGGUUCUCGGCUGCACUUUCCUCACGCUGUCAGAUCGUGAGGAAAGUACUGCAGAGAACUGGCAGUUGUCAGAGUGGGGAUCGGCACCGAUCAUCAGGGCACUGAUGAUCAGUGCCAUGAUGAUCGGUGCCCAGCAGUGCCACCCGCAAGUUCCGCCCACCUGUGCCCAGCAAUCACCCACCUUUGCUCAGCAGUGCACCCACCUGUGCCACUCUGCAGUGCCACCUACCUGUGCCCAGCAGUUCCACCUACCUGUGCCCACCCACCUGUGCCCACCAGUGUCACCCACCUGUGCCCACCCACCAGUGCUGCCCACCAGUGCC